CUUUUCCAUACGCUCGCUAUUUGCAGACGCAAUCAAUUUUUCAUUUUUUUUAAAUUUUGCCACCCUUACCUAUUCCUAUCUUUGAUAUUUCUCAAUCACCAAACUCAUGGAAUUACGAUCAGGAAGGCUGCUUGAAUCAAGAAAAUUUGUAGAUAGUCGACCUCGAAAACGCUGCCGCACGUCAUACUCUAACGAUCCUCUCAAUGACGAUUGCCUCUUGCUCAUUUUCCAGGCAAUGGAACACACCCCGACCACGUUGUGUACACUCCGACUGGUGUGUCGCCGUUGGACAAGACUAGUGGAAGCUGCUUGUGUAUGGAAAACCAUAGUGCUUGAUAGACAACAGCUGGGAACUCAAUACCAGAAAUUUAUGGGCAGCCGCCUUGUUCAAAUUCACCGACAACAUGUUCAACGCCUGACUCUGCGUAGCGCCAUCAAGCAUUAUGCAUUAAAUUUUGCAUCACUUAGCAUAUUUUCAUCGCUAACCUGCCUGAAUACCUCCAAUAUGUCGUUUCCCGAAAUACAAAGUCUGUUGUCACAGCUGCAUAAUCUGGAGGUAAUCAAUUGCCAGCAAGUUCGACACCAUUGUGACGGCCCUAAUUUCUCUUUGGAACGGUUCUCUCAUUUACGAAGGUUGCGGGAACUUCGACUAUGUCAUGCAGGGAUAUCGGGAUUUGACCAUCACAAAUAUUACAAUGUAUACGGACCUCCACGGUGGCUGUCACCAACUCUCAAAGUACUUUCAAUAAAGCACCUAAUUGACGAAGAAGAACUGGAAUACACUGACCCUGCCAAAGAUGAGCUGGACUGGUUAGCUCGAGAAACUCGAGUCGUGGCUAAAUAUCGUUACUUGAGUCAAUUGCCGAACAUAACCUCAUUGACGUUUGGUUUUUGCAGCUCUUGGUCUGCACGAGUAUGGAGUGAAUGUCUGCAUGGCUCGUGUCCAUUGCUUGAGGACCUACAUCUUAUUGGGUGGUCUGGAGAUAAGACCCAUAUGGAAUGGUCGGAUCGAAUGAAAACUGUUUGGUUGGAUGCUGAACGUUCCAUGAGCACCUGGCUAAAGCAAUUGACAAGUCUCAAGCGUUUGGAAUUGACGAACUUCUUUGCCGGCUAUGGAGUGAUAAAUGGCAUUAAAGAUCUUGAUAUUGAUAGCCUCACUGUCACCUUUCAGACUGAUGUGUCACACAUGCUUAAAGAUUGGACAUCUGGAAAACUCGGGGGGAAACUGGAGGAUCUCAUUACCAGCGCAUUUGGAGGACAUCAGACAAAGCAUCCACGGACACUUACGAUUGUACUACCAGUUUAUAGUGACAUGCGAUCUCGAGAGUGGGCAAAAGAGAUUAAACGAAAGGCAUUACAAGAAGUCAAGUACGAUAUAGAUAUCAGAAUUCAUUUUACCGGGAUCCUAAUGUUUGAUACUCAAUGACCCGCCCGCCCUCGGUAGCCUGCCUAUUUAUAUCAGCAACAUUGGCAAAAAGUUGAAACGGCCUAAUGGAAUGGAUUUAUGAAAAUAUGAUCCUGUUCUUCUAUGUAUAGCUCUCCUCUGUAUUUUUUUCUACUCUUGUAUAUUCUUACACCCCUUCAGUACAAUACGAUCAUUUUGAGGAUAUGCUGCAUGGCAGCAUACUCUUUCUUUUGACUCUGUCAAUACCAAUUGAUGAAAGAUUCC